AUGCCGGCUGCCAACAUGAUGGAGAACCUGCAGCUGCCCGCCCUGCAGGUGCCCGAGCCGCAGGGCGCGCCCGAGGGCAGCCCGGUGUGGUCCAGCUCGUCGACCCCCACGCUCCGCCGCCGGCGUUUCAAGAUGCGCCGAAUGCAGAACGUGCAAGAGCAGAGCUUGGAGGCCGGGCUGACCCAGGACUUGCCCGGCGUGCUGGCCCCUGGCAAGGAGUUCCUGCAGCUGCCGUCCAUCGAGAUCACGCCCUCCAGCGACGAGGACACCCCGUGGUCCAACUGCUCCACACCCAGCGCUUCCCCGCGCCGCAAACGCUUCCUCCUCCGCAAGUGGCUGAGGGUCAGGGAGCGGAAGGAGUGCAGUGAAAGCAGCAGCCAGCAGAGUAGCCUGCAGAGCAGCCACGAGGAGGAUGCCAGCAGGUUCCUGAGCCCUCGAGCGCGGGAAGAAAGCACUGCCAGUAACUCGAACCGCAGCACGCCGGCCUGCUCCCCCAUCCUCCGGAAGCGGUCUCGCUCGCCAACCCCACAGAACCAGGACGGAGACACCAUGGUGGAGAAAGGCUCGGAUCACUCCUCGGACAAGUCCCCGUCCACCCCGGAGCAGGGCGUGCAGCGUAGCUGCUCCUCACAGUCGGGCCGCAGCGGUGGCAAGAAUUCCAAGAAAAGCCAGAGUUGGUAUAAUGUAUUAAGUCCCACAUACAAGCAGAGAAAUGAAGACUUCAGAAAGCUCUUUAAGCAACUUCCAGACACGGAGCGCCUCAUCGUUGACUACUCAUGUGCACUCCAAAGAGACAUUCUUCUUCAGGGCCGACUCUACCUCUCUGAAAAUUGGAUUUGCUUCUACAGCAACAUCUUCCGCUGGGAAACCCUGCUGACAGUUCGUUUGAAAGACAUCUGCUCCAUGACUAAAGAAAAAACAGCUCGCCUCAUUCCCAAUGCCAUCCAAGUUUGCACUGAUUCAGAAAAGCACUUUUUCACGUCGUUUGGAGCCCGGGAUAGGACAUACAUGAUGAUGUUCCGACUCUGGCAGAACGCUCUCCUUGAAAAGCCUCUCUGCCCCAAGGAGCUCUGGCACUUUGUUCACCAGUGCUAUGGGAAUGAGCUGGGCCUGACCAGUGACGAUGAGGACUACGUUCCCCCUGAUGAUGACUUCAACACAAUGGGCUACUGUGAAGAGAUCCCCGUGGAAGAGAAUGAAGUGAAUGACAGCUCAUCCAAAAGCAGCAUAGAGACCAAGCCGGAUGCAAGUCCUCAGCUGCCCAAGAAAUCCAUCACCAACAGCACUCUGACGUCCACAGGGAGCAGCGAAGCCCCCGUCUCGUUUGAUGGCCUGCCCUUGGAAGAGGAGGUGCUGGAGGGCGAUGGGUCCCUGGAGAAGGAGCUCGCCAUUGACAACAUCAUAGGGGAUAAGAUGGAGAUCAUUGCACCUGUGAACUCCCCAUCACUGGACUUCAAUGACAAUGAAGACAUCCCCACCGAGCUCAGCGACUCUUCUGACACCCAUGAUGAAGGUGAGGUCCAGGCCUUCUAUGAGGACCUGAGUGGCCGGCAGUACGUGAACGAAGUCUUCAACUUCAGCGUGGACAAGCUCUAUGACCUCCUCUUCACCACCUCGCCCUUCCUGCGGGACUUCAUGGAGCAGAGACGCUUUUCCGACAUCAUCUUCCAUCCGUGGAAGAAGGAAGAGAAUGGAAACCAGAGUCGCGUGAUUCUUUACACCAUCACCCUUACCAACCCUCUGGCUCCCAAAACUGCCACGGUCAGGGAGACCCAGACCAUGUACAAGGCGAGCCAGGAGAGCGAAUGUUACGUGAUUGAUGCCGAAGUCCUCACCCAUGAUGUACCGUACCAUGACUACUUCUACACCAUCAACCGCUACACACUCACCCGUGUGGCUCGCAACAAGAGCCGGCUUAGGGUCUCCACGGAGCUGCGCUACCGAAAACAGCCCUGGGGGUUGGUGAAAACCUUCAUUGAGAAGAACUUCUGGAGUGGGCUGGAGGACUACUUUCGCCAUUUAGAGAGCGAACUGACCAAAACGGAGAGCACCUACCUGGCUGAGAUGCACAGACAGUCUCCCAAAGAGAAAGCCAGCAAGCCGCCGACGGUGCGGAGGAGGAAGCGUCCCCAUGCCCACUUGCGGGUGCCUCACCUGGAAGAAGUGAUGAGCCCCGUCACCACGCCCACUGAUGAAGACGUGGGCCACAGGAUCAAGCACGUGGCAGGUUCCACGCAGACUCGGCAUAUCCCUGAGGACACUCCCAAUGGCUUCCACCUACAGAGCGUGUCCAAGCUGCUGCUGGUUAUCAGCUGUGUUCUGGUGCUGCUGGUCGUCCUUAACAUGAUGCUCUUCUACAAGCUCUGGAUGCUGGAAUACACCACCCAGACCCUCACUGCCUGGCAGGGUCUGAGGCUCCAAGAAAGGUUACCCCAGUCUCAGACAGAAUGGGCCCAGCUUUUAGAGUCCCAACAAAAGUACCACGAUACUGAGCUCCAGAAAUGGAGAGAGAUCAUCAAAUCCUCAGUGAUGCUCCUUGAUCAGAUGAAGGACUCACUCAUCAAUCUUCAGAAUGGCAUCAGGUCACGUGACUACACAUCUGAAAGCGAAGAGAAGAGGAACCGCUAUCACUGACAAGGCAGGGACGGGGGUGGCUGCGAGAGGCCUGUGCAAUACAUGUACAUAGACCGUAUAAAUAUAUAUAUAUAAAUAUAUAUAUAUAUACAGAAUAUAAAUAUAUAUAUAUUAUAUACAGAUUUUAAAAAGAGAUAACGCCUAUGUACCAGGGAGAAGGAGCGGGCCCUCCCGCCCCUGUGCCGGCUGGAGCAGCGUUUUCCUUUGAUGGAGGGGCCGAGGAGGGCAGGGACCACCUCUCAGCACCGACCUCCCCUGAUCCUCCUCCUCCCACCCUCCGCUCCCCUCCCCUUCCCUUGCUGGCCAUUCUUGGCUCAUAGAAGGGAAAUGUUGUUGAGCCAAAGUUAUGCCUGUGAAGACCCUAGGGUCUUGAAAUCUCAAGGGGGCAUUGCUUAAGGUGCUUCAUUCCCUAAUCCCCUUUUGAUUUGUUUCCAAAAUAAAAGAGAAUCUUUUCUUCCCUACCCCACGCCUCCCCAGGCGUUCUCUUGGGAACACAGAAGCAUUCAAGGGCGGGAGCCCAGUCUAAACUCUCCCACGGGAGGCCGCCCACACAUACAGACCAAACGCUAAGAGCCAGAUGGAGAGGGCUGUUGGAAAAACUAGCAAGGCUGCCUUUGUGGGGCUGGAUUUUGGAGCUGUAGGCUCCUGUGGUCUCAUGUUCUGAAGGGCAUUUUUCCUCAAUCACUCCUGCGCCUUCCUCCAACCUGUGUAGGGUGUGGACCCAUUAAGGGCUGGCAAUUCCUGACCUUCCCACCCCCUUUCUCCCUGGUCUUCUCCCAGGCUGGAUCUGGGAGAAGUGUCACUUUUUAGUGCCUAAAGUCCUAUUGUUUCUCUGUGCCCUAAGAGCACAUUGUUUAUUAGCCAGGGUGGAGCAUAUUUGACCUUGUUAAACCUCUUGUUAGUGGUUAUGAACAAGUCAGGUCUCUGGCUAUGAUUCCUUCGCUUUGAGCCAUGAGUGUGAUUUCCGGGAUGAGUCAGGGUGUCUGAGGCGCUCCAGGGUUUGAGGAGAGAGAAAAGGAGAGAAUGCUGUAGCAUGUGGGUUGCAGGGUUUGUCCACAGACACUGUGAACAGUGAGCACCAGUAGCCAGGUUGUGCAGGAGGUUGCCUGUGUCGCUUCCACUUGGUAAAGAAACAACUUCCGAUGGUGGAGUCAACCUUCUGAGAUGCUUUGCAUUUGCAUGGAAGAUCCUCAAUGGAUGGGUUUUGGCAAAGGUGCAUGUGUUUGGGCAGGAAAAGACCAGAUGGGCUGCUCAGGGGGCUGCUCCAAAUCCUGAGUUUCUCAAGACUUGGGAGUGGGGGUCCUGGUGGUGGAGGGUACAGAUCCUUCCCUGGUGUCUGGCCCCAGACUGAUGUGAGAGCGCAAGGGUGGAAGGCAGAUGCUGAGUUAGGAGAAUGAGCCCCUCUGGGCCUUUUCCUAGUUGGCCUGCUGGGAGCCAUGCCACUUGUCUGAUCAUGCAGAGCCUUCCUGGACACAUUCAUCAUCCCUCGUCCACUAGCUGUUGUUUCUCCGUAUUAUGGCCUGGGGAGUCCUGCCAGCCCUUGGCAGAGUUUUGUGGAGAUUCUUAAUGAGGAAAGAAUCACAGGUAAUUUGGCUAGGAGACCCUUUCAGAUUGCUGGUUCUUCUCCUGGGUUUCUUAAUGCAAGAGGCAGAAGGGACCCCAGAACCCCAGAUGUCUCAGCAAAUAAGCACAAACGAGGGAAAGUUCUUACUUAUUUUUUGCUUGCUUGGCUUUUUUUCACUGAUUUACUCCAAGGAGAAAAUGACAUUUUUCUCUUAGAAUGGCCUGAACAUCCCACUCUGGCAAAAAAAAAAAAAAAAAAAGGAAAAAGGAAACUUUUGACUUGUCAGUGUAUCUAAGGAAAAGGCCUUGGUGUCUCCUGAGGGCAGAAUCAUCAUGCCUAGGUCAUCCUCCAAGGGAGGAUGAUGAUGAGGGCAACUGGAAUUGAGGUCUCUCCCCUAGGGAAGGAGAGAGGAGGAGAGGGUGUUCUCUGUCAUCCUUGGAAAAGGUGCGACAAGCCGCUCGCCACUCUGUUCUCAUCCAGGACUUGGAGCUGGAGACACCGGUGAGGGUCAAGUCUCAGGAUCCAGAGAGGGAGGAGUGGUGCCAGCUGCUAGGAAUUCCCCCUUUGGAGGAACUGCAAGCCACUGUGACUCCCAGAAACUUUUUGAAGGCAAAACCUGUGAAUUCUCAAAUUUAUUUCCUACGUGAUGCUUUACUUAAGUUAUUUACUUAUUAAGGUUGCUGUGGGACCUCUGGGAUGACUUAAGAAGUAUCUGUGCUGGGAGUAGUACAGUGGGGAAAGCAGACCCAGCCAAAGAGAGUUGCACUAUUGUGUGUCACCUUUAGGACCAUUCGAGUUGUGCAUAAGGAGCCUUCCUUUUCCUGCUGAUCUGAGCCCAGGAGACAGCAUAUAUACAUGGAGAGUGCCCACAAAGAACCAAGCAUCUCUUAUGGGCCCACUCGGUUCUAAGAAUUUUUUGACUCUCAAACCGGAAGAAACCAACAACUCCAUUCCAUCCCAGAUGUAAUCUUUUCCUGCUGGAGAUAAGCCUGGAGUGGAAUAAAAGGAAGGCAGGGUAACUCCUGGCCAGUAGCCUGGCUGGUAGGUGUCUGCCGGAGGGUGUCAGAACCGCCACUUACUGUGUUCACUUCUUCCAGCCAGUGCUUUUUUGGAGUUUUGUUUUCAUAAGAAUGCUGGGCUCACACAGGAGUCUUUCUAAGAGGAUUCAUGUAGUAGAACAUUUGAGAGCUAGUGCUCAAUUUUGUAGACUUGGCAGGUUUUCUAACCAGGUGAGCACUUUCAGGGUCUAAACUUCUACUCCCACUUAACUGUAGAGGGGGAUUGACGAAGUUGGACUCAGAAAAGCCAGCCAUGUCUGCAAUGCUCUUAUAUUCCCAUGCACCUCCUUGAGACAAGGUAGAGGAUCAGUAAUCUGAAGAUUCCCGUGGAUGACUGGACUGAGAAGAGGGAGACCUGACUCUGCCAUUGAGUAGUCUGUGGUCUUGGACAAGUCACUGCCCGUCUCUGGGCCUUGGGAUCCUCCUGUAACAGAAAGGGGCUGCGUUAAAUGAUCUUUUAGGUAGGUUCUGGCUUUGGUGUUGUACUGGAGGUUAGGCUAGAGACUGGGUGGUCUCAGGAUUGUUAGACUUAGGUGGUAUCCUGCCAGGAGGGAGCAAGCCUUCUGGGCCAGAGCUUCCCUAGUAUCCAGUAGGAGGUAGGGCAGAGUGUGGGGUCCCUAGGAAAUCCAAGUUAGUUAAGCUUUCUUCUUGGGGGCUAAGAGGACUAGGGAGGCCCAGCAGCAGAGCGAUCAAGCUUGCUUCUUGCCCAGUGUUAAUCUGGGAGCGUGUUUCUUUAUUCUUUGGUCUAGUCUUAGUUUGGGAAGGGGCCCCUUGGCCUUUCUCUAAGCUAGGAGGAGGACAGUGGUAAGACGAGCACUCCUUUGGGUUGAGCUUGUUUUGUAUCUCUAGGCUCCAUGAAGCCUUUCACAUACCUGUCCCUCCCCGUUCACAGUGGGCACAGUAGAGAGAAGUCAUUUGAGCUCCUAGCACUUCUCCUGGGGCUCCACCAAAACCCUCUUGGGAUUUAUAUGAAGUAUAGAGGUUUGGCUGAAAUCCUUGGGUUGCCUUAGAGCACUGACUCGAAGAGCCUGGGGUUGCAAGAAAUGGGGAGGACUGAGAGACCCCAAGGGGAAUGUGUUGCUAGGCAAGUGGGUUCUUUCCUGUCCCAGUUGCCUCCCCAAGCUUGGACUGACUUGCAGGCACCAUGUCUAGGAUGAGAUCUUGGAGAAUGAACUAGGGGAGGAAUCUUAGCAGAAGUGUCCUUUCUGUGCCAUGCCGUUCCACUUUGUUGGCACCAUAGGGUAGCCUAACCAGCCACUGCUCCCCGGGGCCCUCAGGAGACAGCACUCCUCUCUUCUCUCAGGUGGCAGGGCUGUAAUUUUCCUCCCUAUACCCCCAGAUCUCACCUGCCCAUUCCUGCAGGAAUCUCAAGAACCUGUCUUCCUGACCCUCCCCAAUCCUACCCCCUCGUCUCUAGGCUGUGGGACAAUCAUCCCUCCCCUUCCUGGACAUCCUUGACCCUCAUCCCCAAUCUCCCGCAGGCUGGACCCAAACUCCUCCACCUCUGUGCUUUCUUCCAGAAGAUGUUUUGGCUCCCAGAGGAGUGUGUUUCUGGAAGGCCAUCUCUUACUGCACCUGCAGUCCUGAUGUGCACAUGGUGUAGAGAGCUUCCCUUCCCACCUCUCUGCCCAGCCUUGUUACCUCACUCCUGCUCUGGCCUUGGCUGUGACAGGCCCAGCCAGCUCCCUGUUUCGAUGUUCUGUGUGACAGCUCAGGGGUCUUGUGACUCGAGGUCCUCAGCAGGCCUGGGAGCCCGGACUGGAGCCUUGGCUGCUGGUGAGAAUGCACCUCGCCUGCCAAGAGGAGUGGAUGCCAGACGAUCUCCCCAACAUGUGAAGGCUUACAGGACAUUGCCAUUUCUGCCCCUUGGCCCUCCUUGCUUCUCUCAACACAAGACACUGCAGAAGCAAAAGGGUGGCCUCUGUUCCAGGCAGGACAGCUGGCUCUGUCUGGAGAGUUGGCCCUGGGCUUGGGUGCUGCGUGCUCAGACUGCAUAGGAAAAGCAACCAUUUUUGCCAACAGGAGUGGGUGGCUCCCCACAUCCCCCCUACCCUGCACUCUAGGGCCAGACCACUCUCUGCAUGGACCAGACCAUCUUCCCAAACCCAUGGUGCUUUUCCACCCCCCUGCCUCAACCUAGACUUCAAGGUGGGGAGAGAUGGAUCAGAAGGUAUAGUGGCCACUGGAUAAUCCUGACAUGGGGUGGAGUGGGUUGAGGCAGAGGGAGGAACCCCCGACACUUGCACUGGGCCACUAAGGGGAGAAAACACAGGUUGAUUGCAGUCAAGUUGUUGGGCCGUCGGUAUUUGGAUCUUUAACUGUACUUUGCCUGGCGCUGUGCGCAAGGUCUGAAAACUUAUUGCUAGUACCUAGAAACCUACAAGGCUACCCAGCCAAAUCUUUAAUGUAAAGUAGCUAGAGCCAUGGAAGUACAGUAUGAAUUAAAAGAAAAAA